GAGAUGCAUUGUGGGGAAAGUCGUUGCCAUUCGACCUCUGCAGGGCCUGCGCGGACGCAGCCAGAACCCUGAAAUUCAUUAUGCCUUUAAAACCCCUAUUUAUUUCCGCAUAACCUACAUACUCUCACCAGGAGGCCAGGGCGAGGAAACCCGGUCAUUUAGAUGCGGGUUAUUUAUUUCUGAACAACUACAGAAUAAAUCGGGAGCGGUUAUAAUAAGUAGAAUUUGUUACGGGAAAAAAAUAGUUUUGUAAUAUAUUAAGGGAAAAAAAAAAAAACACAACAUGUCUGGAGAGCGAAACCGCAGGUCGCUGGCUUUCCGAGGAGGCGGAUUAGCCGCUACGGGCUCCAGUGGCGUACGCGGCAGCAACGGGGACAGCUGCGAGGCCCAGGCCUGGAUGGAGCGACGAUUGAACGGUAACAGGCCGGAUCAAGACGACGACAGGGAUCUCGGUGCGAAAACGGGACCGUCGCCCGGGCAAGUAGAGGGCGGAGGGUCGGUCAGCGACAGCACAGAGCCGGAGGCUGAGGAGGAGGAAGACCCGGAAGGGAGCAAGCGCGCGGCCGAAAGAGACUCUGCCAACAGCCGCGGCUGGACCGCCGUGACGCCCGAGACGACCAGCUGGAGCGCCGGGAACGGCAUGAACGGGGACGACGGAGCUGCCGGCACGGUGGACGUGCGACGCGCCAGCGACUCCAGGAAGCCCUUCGUUGAAAUGAGACCUCAGACGCUCCUUCUCAAGCACUCGCUCUUCCAAGCCGGCUGGCUGCACGAGUUUCCCUGGCUGAAGUUUUGCCACGAAACGGGACUCAUGUCGUGCUCGUGGUGCCACAACAUCGCCACUAACAACAGCGACGAGCUGGUCAAAGGGUGCCGGAAUUAUAAACGCGCCCUGCUGCUGAGACAUCACCUGUCCUCCGAGCACGGCCGGAACGACCCGACCAAACAGGAACCCGAGAGUCUACAAGACACAGAGGGCACUGAGGUGGAGGACUACAGGAACAAGCCAAACGAGAACUCGUACUGCUACCAGCUGCUCCAGGAGCUGGACAAGCAGCGCAAAAGUGGCAUCCUGUGUGACGUGAGCAUUGUGGUUUGCGGGCAGGUCUUCCGUGCGCACAAGAACAUCUUGGUGGCAGGAAGCCGCUAUUUCAAGACCCUCUACUGCUUGACAAAAAGUGAGAACCUUGACCAGGCCACAAUCACACACCUAGACGUUGCUGCCGUACAGGGUUUUUCGGUCAUCCUUGAUUUCCUGUACUCGGGCAACUUAUUGCUCACAAGCCAGAAUGCCAUUGAGGUGAUGUCCGUGGCCAGCUACUUGCAGAUGAGCGAGGUCGUGCAGUCGUGCCGUGCUUUUAUCAAAGAUGCUCUGAACAUCAGCAUCAAGCAGGAGGCACCUGACUCUGUGCUAGUGGACUACAACAAGCGUCGUGCCGUGCCCAAAGACGUCAAGAAACCUGGCAAUUUCUGGGCCACCAGCAUCCUGUCCAAGCUGUCGAUUAAAGCCAGCGGACAUGUAAAGGAGGAGCCGAGUGACGUGGCUGUGCCAUCGCUGGGAACGUCGGCCUGGAGUGGCGAAAACUCUGUGGAAUCCGGGGAGACGCAGACACAGGGAUCAGCACCUGUCUUCGUCUGGAACGAACUACCUCCAGGUGCUGGGGCUGCUAUGAAGAGCGAGGAGCGACACGAGCCCGGCAGCGGCAGGCGGAAAAAGCAGAUUGCCAGACGCUUUGUCUACAACAUCCCACCUGAGCCAGAGGAGGGCUUUGACGAGGGCAUGUUCAUUCAGCCGUCAGCAUCCUACACCAGAGAUGACUACUCUUAUCUCUCAGAGAAAACAGGUGAAACGUCUGACACGGCCCUGAACAAGCUGAAGUGUCCCCAUUGUAACUACAUAGCCAAGCACCGACGAACACUAAAGCGCCAUCUGAUCAUCCACUCAGGCGUGCGCUCCUUCAGCUGCGACAUCUGCGGCAAGCUCUUCACCCGCCGAGAGCACGUCAAGAGACAUUCCCUGGUUCACAAGAAAGAUAAGAAGUACAAGUGCAUGGUAUGUAAGAAGAUCUUCAUGCUGGCGGCGAGCGUGGGGAUCCGUCACGGCUCUCGGCGCUACGGCGUGUGCGUGGACUGUGCUGACUCGCACCAGGCCACACAGGAAGGGCUGGAGGCCAUGCAGGAGCUGGAGUUCAGCCGCGACGAAGACUUCGAGGAGAACGUCGAGGGAGACGAGGACAUGGGGGAGGAGGCAGACGCCGAGGAACCCAACGACAAUGACCAAUCCAACUACGAGGGUGACGCAGGUGCCACCCCUGAGGAGGACUAACAUUAAUGCAACUUAAAAAAAGAUAUAAAUAAACAACAAAAAAAAGCUGGGAAACAAUCAACAACUCCAAAGUGCUAUCAAACCUCACGGUUGCACAGUAGUGUGUAUGUGUAAAAGAAUAAAAAAACGCGUUUGGUAGAUAGGGACUUGAAGAUGUAAAGAUUAUGUGUGUGACAGAGUCUAAGGCCUGCUGCCUGUUAGAGAAAGAGAUAAAAAUGACGAUAUAUGAAAAUCAGGUUUUUCAGUGAUGUAUUUUUUUUUUUUCCUUCUUCUUUACUAGGGUCUGAUGGUGUACAGUGUUUUAAGUUACGAUAGGCCAAUCAUCUUAAAGAUAUUAUUUAAUUUAUGAAGAAAGUUAAUAUGGUCUUACUAAAAUGAUAUUAUUAUUAUUAUUAUUUUUCUUAUUUUCUUUUCCAUGUCUGAUCAGAGAGGUUCCGUUUUUGCGGCUGCGCUUCCUGGCAAGUCUGAACUUCCACGACUUCUGUCUGUCCUGAUUUUAAUGACAGCAUUUGGGGACAUUGCUUACACAGGAAGCUUUUAUUUCCUUUUAUUUUCCAGUUGUGUAGAUAUAUUUUAGUUGUCGUAAGAAGACCUACGAAGCUAUUUUUCCUUUCCUUGUUGUUUUUUUUCUUUUGUUGUUUUUUUUUUUUUUCCUGCACAAAUCUUGGAACCAAAAAAAUCUGUUUUGUGACUCUAAUAGACCACAGCCAUAUUUAUGAUUUAAGUUAUAUUGGGGCUGUGCCAUUGUGCCAAGCAGAACGCACACUGAGAUUUGGCAGGAGGCGAACUACUGAAAAUGCUGAGAGUAAACAUAAAGCAGAGACAAAAAAAAAAAAAAAAGUAAAAAAAAAAAGUAUAAUGGGAAUAUAUUAUUGCUAGCUUUAUAUGAAUCACAGCGUCACCGUAACACUUUAUAGAGCAUUUUGACAUUCACUUAAAGCUUGAAUUUUUGCCAAAUGACGGAAACGUUUGGUGCUGUAAUGCUUGUUUUUUUUGGUUUGUUUUUUUGUUUUGUUUUUUAAUACUGGACCUAAAAGCUGUAUAUGAUAUUAAUAAUCGUAAAGCCUACUCAACUCAGAUAUUUUAAUCAGCUCUAUAUGUAACACUGUUGUGCUAAAGAGCCGAUCAGGUAUGCUUUUGCCAUUUUUAUGUUUUAUUUAAUGCACAUGCGCACACAUACAUACCAUUUUAAUUUUAUUGUAUUUUACUUUCAAAUCAAAUCUACCGGCAGUACAGUAACAACGACCCAAAGUUUCGGACCUUUCUGAUUUAGUGUGAUGAGGUACUGAGCAUACUGAUAAUCACUUGAAUGCGUGCGUGCGUGUGUGUGUGUGUGUGUGUGUGAGGAAGGUAAUCGUGAAGAAUGCUGAUUGGUUGGGAUGUAUGAAGUUUGUUUUGUAAAAGACUUCAUUUUCGUGCAAAAACAAACAAAAAAAAUUCUAUUUACAGCUAUUUUAUUUGACGCGACGUCAUGUUUGUCUGCCGAGAAAGAAACACUUUGGUCAUGCUAAUGUAAAGUGGAGCUCUAUGGAGAGUCAUAGUCCCGCACUUACUACUUUACAUUCUUUUUUCUUUUGUUCUUUUUCAUUUUUCUCCUUAUUUCCCCAAAGCCGGUCUGGAUGGAAAUAAAUAUAACUUUGUCCAUGUGCAAAUUUUCUUUCUUUUUUUUUUUUUCUUUCUUUUGGACAUUUCAUUAUUUAAUAUUAUAUAUAUAUAGAUUCCAAAAUGCAAUCAAGACUGUUAAUUUCUAUUUGUCCUACCAAAAUCAUUGUUGAAUUAAUGUUGAAUUAAUGUAUGAGAAAGCCAGGUAACCUGUUUAGUGUGAAUCCUUGCUUGUGUGUAUGUAAUUGUCAGAUUUAAAUGUUUUUAUUCUAAAAAAAAAAAAAUCAUUCACUUUACCCUAGAUGCAUAUAUUGUGUUUUUUUUUCUUUCUUUUUUUUUUUUGGUUUGUAUUCCUUUCUAUAAUGUUUUACUUUUUCUAUUUUCAUUUCAUCAAGCAGAUUUUUCUAUGAAAUAUUUGUGGUUUGAAACCUGGGAACAGCAGUUUCUGGUCAUAUGCAGUGGAUAUAUUGAAGUGCUAUAAUGAUACAAAGUAUGUCUAUCUUUUCCCUUUACUUCAGAUGAACAUGUAUUUUGAAAGCUCUAUAGAAGAUAUUCAUCCUGUUUGUAUUAUUUACCUUCAAUCACUGUGGGAGGGAUAUAUUAUAUAUAGAUAUAGAUAUAUAUAUAUAGGUGAAGUAUAUGAGAUAUCUAUAUAUAUAUACACAAAUAUAUAUUAUAUAGAGAUAUUUAAGUUGAUCUGAAUGAUUGGAAUCUGGGCUAAGCUUUUGAUGUUCUUUCUGUUCAUCUGUGUAUUUGUUCACACACACUUCUUUCACAUUACGUCUGUGUUUCUGAUGAACUUGAGAUGACUUCCUCUUUACAUUUUACGCUAUAUGUGGGUAUAAUCAACAGAAAAAAAAGCAGAACACUACAGAUGAAGGGUUUUUCCAGCUGUAUUUUUUUAAAGCCGUUUCAAAGAUGUAUUUUUCAACGCUCUUACAGUGGAUGCAAAACGAGCCCACGGCUCACCUCAUACACAAAAGCAAAUCAGGUUACUCUUUUUAUGUUUUUUUUUCUCGUCCUUCCAAUGUUUUAAGAUGAAUACAUUUUCCUUUCUGUUUCAAUUGUACUACUGUUCCUCUAUAAUAAAUUUUAAAAUAAAACUUUGAUAUUGCUCUA